AUGGAGGCGGUUGGAAUGGCGGGACUGACUAUGCGGGAACUGGAGCUGGGAGACCAGGACUCUCCACAGUCUCUGGAGUCUGCAGGCCUGAGUCCUCCUGUGGGGCAGUGCACCCCAAUGCUGGUGAUUGACAGCAAGGAAAAUUAUGUUUCAUUGUGGUCUAUUGGAGAUUUUGGGAACUUGGAUUCUGAUGGAGGAUUCAAAGGAGACCAUCAAUUAUUGUGUGAUAUCAAACACCAUGGUGAUGUCAUGGAUUUACAGUUUUUUGACCAGGAAAGAAUUACUCUGUCAGUCAACCAACAGUGGACAGCAGCCCACUACCACAUAGGACCUGGCAGUCCUUCCUAUAGCAGUGCCCCAUGUACAGGCAUUGUGUGUGACAACCCAGAAAUUGUCACAGUUGGAGAGGAUGGUCGAAUAAAUCUCUUUAAAGUGGAUCACAAGGAAGCUGUAAGAACAAUAGACAAUGCAGAUAGCAGUACACUCCAUGCUGUAACCUUCCUUCGAACUCCUGAGAUACUUACAGUAAAUUCAAUUGGACAGUUAAAAAUAUGGGACUUCAGACAAAAAGGAAAUGAACCUUCUCAGAUAUUAUCAUUGACUGGUGAUCGAGUGCCACUUCACUGUGUUGACAGACAUCCCAACAAGCAGCAUGUUGUAGCUACUGGUGGCCAGGAUAGAAUGCUAAGUAUUUGGGAUGUUAGACAAGGUACUAUGCGCGUAUCUCUGCUAAACGCUCACGAAACUGAAAUGUGGGAAGUUCAUUUUCACCCAUCCAACCCAGAUCAUCUGUUUACUUGCUCUGAAGAUGGGUCCUUAUGGCCCUGGGAUGCCUCCACAGAUGUGCCUGAAAAGUCCUCACUCUUUCAUCAAGGAAGAAGAACCAGUACUUUUCUGUCUCAUACCAUUGGUAACUAGGCUAAUGUUCACCAAUCUCUUAUAAGUUCCUGGCUCAGCACUGAUCCUGCAAAGGAUCGUAUUGAAAUCACAAGCUUGCUUCCCAACAGGACUCUGUCUGUGAACAGUCUGGAUGUUUUAGGUCCUUGUCUUGUUUGUGGAACUGAUGCAGAAGCAAUAUGUUUUACCAGACAACUGUUUUCAUGA